UGACCUCUACUGCAGUUGACAACACUCGGCAACCGAGGUUGUAUCAGUAGAUUUUUUGCGAUGUAAAAUAGCAUUACAGUAGGUACGGUAGGUAUUUCAUACACGAAUUCCUUACCCUUGAAAACAACCGACGUCGAAAAGGCUUAUGUGCUCCACGCCGCUUGAUUUCCGACUAGGGGUGCUUAGUGUGACAGUUGUCGGCGUUGAGUCCAUUUCAGCAGCACUGCAUCAACAUGGGCGUGAUUGGUGUGCAGCUGGUGGUUACCAUGGUAAUGGCCAGCGUAAUUCAGAAGAUCAUUCCUCAUUAUUCCUUCGCAAGAUGGCUACUCUGCAGCGGAAGUCUGCGAUGGUACCAGCACCCCACAGAGGAUGAGCUGAGGAGCCUGGCUGGCAAACAGCAAAAGGGGAAAAACAAGAAAGACAGGAAGUACAAUGGCCACAUAGACAACAAGCCUCUGACCAUUCCUAAGGACAUAGACCUGCAGCUGGAGACCAAGUGCAUCACGGAGGUGGACACGUUAGCGUUGCACUACUUCCCAGAGUUCCAGUGGCUGGUGGACUUCACGGUGGCGGCCACCCUGGUGUACCUGAUCACCGAGUUGUACUACGCCCUGGCCCAGCCCUCGGGGGAGAUGAACAUCAGCGUGGUGUGGUGCCUGCUCGUCCUCGCCUUUGUCAUCAAGACUCUCUUCUCCCUGACGGCUCACUACUUCAAGCUGGAGGAGGGGGGCGAGCGAUCGCUCUGCAUCACGUUCGGCUUCUUCUUCUUCGUCAAGGCCAUGGUCAUCCUCAUCGUCACGGAGAACUACCUGGAGUUCGGCCUCGAGGCCGGUUUUGCCAAUUUCUCUGACAGCGCGCUGCAGUUUCUGGAGAAGCAGGGGAUGGAGUCUCAGGGUCCCAUAUCCAAACUCACCUUCAAGCUCAUCUUGGCCUUGCUCUGCUCGCUCAUCGGCGCGUUCCUCACUUUCCCCGGCCUGCGAUUGGCCCAGAUGCACCUGGAUGCGCUCAACCUGACCACAGCCAAAGUCACACAGACUUUGCUGCAUAUCAACUUCCUGUCUCCCCUGAUCAUGGUGCUGCUGUGGGUCAAGCCCAUAACCAAGGACUACUUCCUCAACCCCACGCUGGGGAAGGACAACGCCCCUUUGAUGACGGAGACGACCUACGACACCAUGCGCCUCUGGGUGGUGCUGCUGCUGUGCGCGUUGCGCCUGGGCGUGAUGAGGCAGCACCUGCAGGCCUACCUGGGCCUGGCCCAGAAGGGCGUGGAGCAGAUGAAGAAGGAGGCGGGCCGCAUCAGCACCGUCGACCUGCAGAAGAUGGUGGCUCGUGUUUUCUACUACCUGUGUGUGAUUGCGCUGCAGUAUAUGGCACCUCUGGUCAUGUUGCUGCAUACGACUUUGCUGCUAAAAACCUUAGGCGGGCACUCCUGGGGGGUGUACCCUGAAGAGGACCUCCCCUGCCCUCUGGAGGUGAACUCUGACCUGGACAUGGGGGCCGGUCCCACUGCUCCGCCCUCGGGGUUAGCGGGGACGUCCGUUGCCCAGCUGUCGGUAGCCCUGGGGGGCCUGAGGACGGUGUUCAGCCCCCUGCUUUUCCGAGGCCUCCUGUCCUUCCUCACCUGGUGGAUCGCGGCCUGUCUCUUCUCCACCUCCCUGUUCGGCCUGUUCUACCACCAGUAUCUCAUGGCUGCAUAGCCCCUCCCCAGGGUCCUAGUGCCCAGACCUGUGGGAGAGCCGGGGCAGGGGGGGGGUUGAUCAAGGCCCACCGCCCUCUGACCGACACAGAUGACCAUAUCAGAGCAGAGAUCCUGGGCUGAACCCUGGGCUGCCCACACGGAUGACUCUGAACACGGAUUAGUUUUUCUUAUAUUGUUGUUUUUUUUUUUUUUACUACUACCUUUUCAGUUCAGAAGACAGCAUUCAUCAAGCAUAACCAAGAGACUUAAUAUAAACGAGAAUAUUGAUCUAAUACACUGUACGUGUCCUUGAAGUCUUAAACGAGUAGCAGAAAUGGACUGCGGACCUGGGGGGGGGGGGGAUUGGACAGAUCUAUCUGACAGAUAGAUCUUCUCGACCAGCCAUUCGAAGGUCACAUAGCUGGCCGUUCGGGGUUGUCUGCGAAGGGACAGCCCCGGGCAAACAGGAAGGAGGAGGAACUCUUAACUUGAAGCAGACGCGUUUGAAAGGGUCUGUUGUAUGGCUACCGGGGACUGAUGUGUGUCUCGGGAACGAAACGCGUUGCUUCGUCGACGGCGAAGUCUCUCGCCUUGCACCUUGGCUGAUAGAAACUGAGCCGCGACGAGCGGACUGAGACGAUGGCACAUCGGCUCUGAUGAAGUGUGUGUGUGCAUGGGCGUGUGUGUGUGUGUGUGUAGGUCUGUGCGAGUGUGUGUUUCCCUGUGCGCUUACACGUGUGUGCAUCAUCAACAUCUAAGUUGCGUGUUGGCAUCGAUUCUAUAAGGGCAUUUGAAUCUAAGGGAGAGGAUGUUGAUGAAUACUGCUGAUUACUCAAGGCCUUUUCCCCCAAAGCCACCAAUGCCCAGUUACAGCUAGUUCUGAAUUCUAAUAUGUAUAUAUUCUUUUCUUCUUUUUUUCGUUUUUUUUUUUCUCCAAAAAUUGGAAUCCUAUUGUGAAUUAUAUUAUAAACGUUGAUUUUAUGAGGUGCCAAGUUUGAAGGGGCGUGUUCCCCCCCCUCAAUGCGUGGAGGCUGGCGUUGAAGCCAUGCUGCCUUUUCGAAUCCACCCCGAGUUCGCAGAGAAGAGUCUUAACACUACAGCGCGCCUCCACGCAAACACGCCUGUCUCGGAGCUCCUCGGGCAUCCCCCCUCCGCCUGCACGCGUCGACAGGAUGCAGAAGGUACACACGGCGCCGGUCAAAAACACUGGGUGCUCGUGCUCGAGUCCAGGGGCGAACGCCACGAUUGUUUCAUUCGGGAAUGUAGGGUCGGUCGUUCUGGACGCCGCUCAGACAGGAUGUCUACCUGUAAUCAGGUUUGAUUUCAGAACCGGUCAUUUGCAUUCUACGAUUCCAAGAGGAAGACCCCCUAUGUCGAACAAGGUAAUAGGAGCGCCAUAUCAAAUCACAGCGAAUCGUUUUGUUAUCUUGACUUGAACCAUGAAAAGGUUGUCUUCACUUGUUUCUCUCUGUUUGGAAGGAUGGGGAAUAUGCACACUUUGAAUGUAUCAGUCCUGCCUAAUUUUAGAUUGUUGUUUUGAAGAAAAUGUCUGAGUGGACAGCUUUUCGACCACUCUUGUGUAACAUUGGUAUUUUUUCCCCCCGAGCAGUCUCCCAAAGCUGCUGUUACUGUAGGUCCACAGACGAUCCCAGACUCAUUGAACACUUGGUCAUUAGUUCUCCUUGUUAAGUAUUUAUUUAAUAUUUUGAAGCCUGUAAUCUUUUCUAAUCAUUUUAUGGUAUUAAUGCAGUGUGGAAUUUUGUAGUUUUUUUUUUCUUUCUUUCAAAUCAGUCUGGAAAUGUGUUCAAGACGAAUCAACUGCAAUUUUUGGCAUUUUCAAAUUUUGUUUUUCUAUAUAUGUGAUUAGCUGGGGUACCUUACCUCGCUCAAUGAGGCAUUUGUUUGAGUGUUUCAUCUUUUGUCUUAUUUUCUUUGUUCGGUUCAGUUUGUCUUCGAAUAAAUUUAAAUCCUAACAGUUGGGCUUUGGAAUUUGGAUUCAAUAUGCCGUAAUCUCUGUCACUUGUGAGACAAGUGGGGAGUGAUGUCAUCGAGAUUGGCAGUUGUCAUCAGUUGUGGUAAUGAUGUAAGAUGGUUUCUGAGAAUAGAACUGGUCAAUACACAGACAUUGGUGUGGUGGACUGGGUCGUAUCCCCAUCCUCAACCCGUGAGUCGGAAGUAAUGGAAGAUUGAGUGAACGUUCGGAAGUUUGAUACAGUUUUUUCAUUUAAAACCUAGACCAUAUGGCUAAACAUCAGACUAUAGUCCUAGGAUCCUUUGGUGUUAAAAUCUGUUCCGUUCAGCUAAAUUCAUUUUGACAUAGAAGCAUUACCAAAGACCUGUCAUUGUGUAGAUUUUGGGCAUUUGCAGUGUGUCAGUCUCGUCACCUCAAAUCUUACCUACAGAAGACCUGCUCUGUCGAUGUCUGCUUUUGAGAACAGGAUAACUCUUUUAUCGGCAUGCUGUGUGUUGUGAAACAGUUCCCUUGUUUCAUUGGCUGUAACUGUAACAAGCAAAUAAUUGCAUAUUUUUACCAUGAAGAGAAUUAACUGAUUUUAUACCUUGUCUGAGUCUUAAAAGCUGUAGAUUAACUUGAUUAAAAUGUCAUUUGUU